AGAGACAGACGCUGCCCGGUGCCGCGCCCCGUGUGCAGGCGGCGGGGACGGCUCCGGGCCGCCGCGCAGGGCCAGGGGAGGGGCGGCGGGGCGAUGGGCAGAGCCCCCGCUGCCCGGCUGCCGGCCGGGGGGCUGCGCUAGGGCGGCCCCGGCGGCCGGGGGUCCCCCCGCGCCCCGGGGGCGGCGAGGAUGCAGCACCCGCUGGAAUUGGGCGCCGCGCGUUACUUCCCGGCCGAAGCCUUCCCCGACCACCGCUCCCACCGCUACCGCAGCUUCAUGAUCGAGGAGAUCCUCACCGACCCCCCGGACGCCAAGGGGGCCGCGCCGGCCGGGGAGCUGCUCAAGUUCGGGGUGCAGGCGCUGCUCUCCGCCCGGCCCUACCACAACCACCUCGCGGUGCUGAAGGCGGAGCCGGCCGCUGUGUUUAAGUUCCCGCUGGCUCCCCUGGGCUGCUCGGGGCUGGGCUCGGCGCUGCUGGCCGCCGGCUCGGGGCUGCAGGGCGGCUCCUCCUCGCCGCACCUCCCGCUGGAGCUGCACCUCCGCGGGAAGCUGGAGCCGGGCCCCGCCGAGCCGGGCAAGGCCAAGAAGGGCCGCCGCAGCCGCACCGUCUUCACCGAGCUGCAGCUCAUGGGGCUGGAGAAGCGCUUCGAGAAGCAGAAAUACCUCUCCACGCCCGACAGAAUAGACCUGGCCGAAUCGCUGGGGCUCAGCCAGCUCCAGGUGAAAACCUGGUACCAGAACAGGCGCAUGAAAUGGAAGAAAAUAGUGUUGCAGGGGGGCGGCCUGGAGUCCCCCACCAAGCCCAAGGGCCGCCCGAAGAAGAACUCGAUCCCCAGCAGCGAGCAGCUCUCGGAGCAGGAGCGCGCCCGGGACGCCGAGAAGCCGCCCGAGAGCCUGGGCUCGCCGGCCGAGGUCAGCCAGGAGGAGUGAGGGGGGCCCGGCCCGCACGGCCCCGCCGGGCCGGCCCGAGCGAUGGAGGCGGCUCGGACAGCGGCUCCGGCCGCUUUGGGGGCCCCGAGCGCAGGCGGCGCCCCCGGCCCGGGGCGCCCCGAGGACACUGGACCCCCUCGCCACAUCCACUCGCUGUCUAAAACCCUGUGGUGCCCCUAGUUACUCGAAAACUGCAUUUUAUGAUCGGUUUUAUUAUUGCGAAGAUAUUUACUUUAUUUCAAUAAAAUAUUUUAUG